CUGUAAAGUGAAUUGGAAAGCGCCAGAAAGCUCUCCAAAGUUACAGGACUGAAUCUGCUAACCUCAACACUUGAUGUUGACAAAGGUUUCAUACGCGUGUAGGGCUUUGGAGACUAAAUCUGAUAGCUUAUCUUAAAACCACUGAGCUGUCAUCCCUGCGGAGAAAGUCAUGGCUCACUUUGAAUCGCUGGUCGCUUUGAAUGGGACUCAACUCUCAUACAUCGGACAUGACUCUAAGGACAUUCCCCACUUCCUUGGAGACACAUAUGGGCAGUUUGCAAAGCGUCUGGAUCUGAGUUUCAAUCAGCUCAGGUCACUGGCAGGCCUCAAAAUGUUCACUGAGCUGGAAGAGCUGGUCGUCGACAACAAUGUGCUUGGAAAUGACCUCCAGUUGCCCAGAUUAUCCAACCUCCACACUCUGACACUUAAUAAGAACCAACUGACUGAUAUCGAAGCCCUGCUGGAACACUUGGCUGAUGUGACCCCAUCUCUCAAGUACCUCAGCCUGCUGGGAAACGAGGCCUGCCCCAACCAACUGGUGAGCCUGGAUAAGGAUGAGGAUGACUACCAGAGAUACAGGUACUUUGUUCUCUUCAAGUUACCCCAACUGAAAUUUCUGGACACAAGGAAAGUGACCAAAAAAGAGCUGAUGGAGGCACGGGCAAGAGGGGCAUUCAUGAAAGUGGUCAAGCCCAAGUCCGAAGCUUCACCAGGCGAGGAAGGACCUGAGGGUCGCCCACUGCCCUACACCCCUCUACCACGGGGAUCCAGAGAUGGCAAGAACCACAAAGGUGUAUUUGCCAAGUGUCGCUACAUCUACUACGGCAAGCACUCAGAAGGCAACCGAUUCAUCCGAAACGAUCAGCUCUGAUGGACAAAGAGAGGGACUUAGAUGUGAAUGGGCGCUCACAGAAGGACCAAGGAUCAACUCCUUCCCUUAUUUAUUAAAGCCUCUAGUGAUGUUGACUCACCUGAUCUCAUGCUGGACACAAAAAACAAAAAAAAAGAUUUCACUUUUACCAAAAUAUGAUUUUAAAGCUGUGGAAGAAGAAUGGUUUCUUGUAUGUUUUUAUAAUCCUCUUCACUUCAUUCUUACAGCCUGUCGCUUGCUCUUCAGAGUCAAACAUUACACUCCCACUGACAUGAUUGCCUCUAAGCAUCAGCUGCCACACAAGUCCAGACACAACUCACACACAUGCAAAGACAGUUUCUCUAGCUCUUAUUAUCUCACACACAGUCAGCGACAAAAACAGACCCAGCCAAUUGCUUCCUUUUCUUUGACAGUCAUGAUGGAUCACUUGUCCACUACCACCACUAAUCAAGGGUGAAAGAGGUGCUGGUCACGCACCUGGGCUCUGACAAGGACUUGUCUCCAUCAUUCUCUCUCUUUCUGUCCAACACACUCGCAUACAAACACAAACACACAGAACUGCUAUUUAAGAUAUUAAGACAUUGCACAUUUUGGGCAAACACGCUCACUGCUGGAACAACACCUGAAAAUCUGUGGCUACGUUUACAUGCACAGCAAUUUUGAAAUUGUUGACUGUUUUGGGUUUUUUGUUAAAUUUUUUAGGUUAAAAACAGGAGUAUUCCAAGUUUCAGUUUCCCUCUUCUGAUAUAUAGCCUGACAAACACAGCAUGAGGGCAUGCAUUGUAAAGCAGCAGUGUGUCAGCAAUGCCAGUAGUUAAUACUGGUGUUAUGAGUGUAUACAAGUAAACACAAUAUGAUUAAGCUCUGCCAGUUCCACAUAGAUUAAUUAGAUAAUUUUUAACUCUAAAAUCUGGUGAAAACAGAAUGAGUAAAUGCAGUUAAACUGCACUAUUUUAUUCAAGCCAGGCCUUAAUCUUCUUAUUGCGGUGCAUGUAAACAUGCUCUGUGUCCUGCUUCAUUUGAGUGCUGAUUUCUUGCCGUGCACUUAAGACUUGUAUCCAUUUAAUUUUUGAAUACAUUUUCCUAUCUCUUCAAAUAGAAACCUUGAAUAUCAAACGCCAGUAUGAAAUAGCAUCUUUGUUGUGUGCAAAUUGUAUGUUAAAACAUGUUCUCAGAAAUAUUUCUCAAGUGGAGCCGAUUAAUCUCAAACCAGUCCACAACUACAGAAGCUUGACUAAGGACCAAAGAUGGGAUUUAUUACACAUUCCAGGUUCAGUGGCAUGUAAAUGUUUUGAGUCCUCUAGUCAAAAUUACCAUGUGUGAGGUGACUAAAAGAGGAACUGAUGUCCGAAAGGCAUAAAAGUAAAAACUUUAAGAUUAGUAAAUUAACGGGAAAGAAGCUAAUAUGGCUUCAUGAAUAGGAUCAUUUGAAUUGUUUGAGCACUCAGCCAAUAAUUACCAGGGUUUCAGCUCUUAAUUCAUUCACCAUUAACAAUGAAGGCAAUUGCAGACCAAAAAGAGCUGGGGGACCUGUAGUGGUGGAGCGACAUCUGAACAUGACUGACCUUUAUUGAAGUAAAAGAACAACAAUUUUCUCACUAAAAAAUGUUUUCAAAAGAAUGUCUAAACAAGCACUGGUAGAUUUGGAAAACAAGUCAUGUGGACUUGAGCCUUUUGGCAAGACAAGAGUAACUUUCCAAAUGUCCAAGGCUGUUGUUAUACUUUGGGACUGUGUUGUAGCUAGUGGUGAACUUUUUAAGACGUAAAUGAGAAUUUAAGUAGAUUCCUUAAAAUCUGGUGAUGGAGAGACGAUGCCUUCCACAGUGGGAUGAUGAGCGUAAAUGCCGCUCAGUUAUGUUUUAGGCUCCAAGUGUGCCUUUUCGACAUCCGGUCAUCUUCUAAUCACUUGGCUUCCGAAACGUUGACAAUGUUGGACGUUCUAGACCUUUGCAUGCAGCUGAACAUUGUUUUAAUUGUUUCCUGUAUGUUUUUUUAAUUGUUUUGCCUUUCCAAAUGUGUAUUCUACCACCUCAUUUAUAUUGAAAUGUUUCAUGUAUUAUUUCCAUUGAGAUGCACUUCAAAUUAUAAACAUGCACAACUAAAUCAUUUACGAUCCAACUAUUUCAUUUCUUUAGGGGAUUAAUAAAGGGUUGUUCAGUUCAAUUUAAAUAUACAGAUUUAAUAUUAAACGCAUAGCAUUUAUCCUGUUUUUCAUACCUCUAUGUGAUUUUUAUUAGAAUUUUAUUGUGCUUUUGUUGCCAUUAUGGUUUUACAGUUUGUUGUCUUUAUCCUCCGGUCUUGGAUUUUAUUUGACCAAAGGAUGUUUAGCAGGAGAUCUCAGGUAAAACCAUAUUAGCUAAAUGUGAUUAAAGGGCUGAACUAAUAUCUAUCUUGUCAUUGUGAUCCUAAACUUAAUAUAUUUUUCACAGUGUUGUAUUUUUCAUGCAUAAAGUUAAUAAAACCAA